AUGCCUAUACUCGUAUAUAUAUAUCUACUGAAGAAUAAAGGAGAGAACGACUUUUUAUUUAUGGAUAUUAUUAAUUCACAUAUGAGUUCAACAUCCUAUCCACCAUUUUUACAAGAUUUUCGAUCUGACCCUUGUCAAGUAUGCUCUGAACAAUCUUCAGGAUGGCAUUGUGGUGCUGUUACAUGUGAAGCGUGUAAAAAAUUUUUUCUUAGAUCAGUAAAUGAAGAACAUUUAAAAUAUAAAUGUAUUCGAGAUAAACGAUGUCAAGUUACUCGAAGUACUCGAACACAAUGUCAGUAUUGUAGAUAUCAAAAAUGUAUUGAAGUUGGAAUGAAAACAAAUGAGGAAAGUCCAAAUCCAAAAAUUGAAGAUAUUUUUAAACAAAUUCCAUGUGCAUGUUGUAAUGCUCCAUCUUCCGGAAUACAUUUUGGUGCUACAACUUGCGAAGGAUGCAAGGGAUUUUUUCGGCGUACUAUAAAAGAACGUACACCACAACGUUACAAGUGUUUAGAGUCGAAUAAUUGUGAAAUUAAUACGUCAACAAGAAAUAUGUGUCGUGCAUGUCGAUUUCAAAAAUGUGUUAAUGCUGGAAUGAGUAUCGAGGGCAGUCGAAUUGGUCGACAAAGUAAUUUGUUUAAACAAAAAAUGUUAAGUAUGCAAAAAACGGGCGCUAUACCAUCAUCAUUGCUAAAUGCACUCACAAAUAAUGGUUAUGGUAUGAAAAUGAUCGGAAAUAAUUUGAGACGAAAGAAAACAACUGAUGAAUUUGUUUCAAUAGAAUCCUAUCCGAUCAAUAUUGAAGAAAAACUUGAACCAAAUGUUCGAACUUUGAUAACAACGAUUGAAGAAGCAUAUUGUAAUAAUAUUAAAGAAAUUCCUCCAUGUAUUGAGAAAAUGAAUAUUUGGGACACGUGUAUUAGUCAGUUGGGAGAGUAUGCUAGAAGAGUGAUGAAUUUUGCGACAGAAAUACCAGGAUUUUCAACAUUUAUUCAUGAUGAUAAUUUACUUCUGAUUCGAUCAUCUGUUCAUUCUGUUAUAUUAUUGUGUUUAUGUACUCAAGCGUUACAACGUCAAUCUCAACAACUUAUUAAUCUAAAUCGUUAUCAAAGUCACCUUGAUAAACAACAACAUCUCAAUUCAAUAAAUAAUAGUAGUCAAAUAGAUUGGAAUUAUUUUAAUGUUCAAGAAUCGAAUUUAUGUGAACGAUUACAAGCAACUUUUAGCGUAUUUUUUGAAGUUAAACGAAUUAUGUUUCAUUCAAUUGAAAAUGAACUAGAACGUUUGGAAUUAGAUGAUAAAGAAUUAUCAUUAACACUUGCUCUACUUAUCACAUCAACAGUCAAUUCAAAAUUAAUUGAUCAAAAGAAAAUUGAACAACUUCAAUUUGAUUUGUUUUGUGCAUUAGCUGAUUAUAUGGAUGCAAAACGUGGUACAAGUAAUAAAGAUUAUUAUGCUUUAACAAUUCAAAUUCCUAUUAUUCGUCGUAUAAACAGUAUUAUUGCUGCAUCAAUUUAUCAUCUCAAUAAUGUAUGUCCUCAACCGUUUCGUAUACCACAAUUUUUUAUACAAAAUGAUUUAUUAAAUCAAAAUCGAAUAACAGAUAAUCAAGUUAAUUUUUUAUUUUAA